CCCUCUGAGACGAAGCAGAGGUGAACAGACGAAGCCAGGGCGAUCGAACGGGAGAGGCGAGGCGACGAAGACACAGAGGCGAGGAGCGAGGGCGAGAGAUGAAUCACCUCUUAUUUUUCAGCCCCUUUGGUUUGGUUGUGCCCUAGCCCCUCUGAGACGAAGCAGAGCUGAACAGGUGAGAAGCGAUGGCGAAUCGAACGGGAGAGGCGAGGCGACGAAGACAGAGAGGCGAGGAGCUGAAAAAUAGAGACGAAGACAGAGAGGCUUGGGACGAACACACAUUUGGAUUGACAUGUCAACCAGUUCAAACAAUGAUGCUGGAUUCUUUGAAAAUAAAAGAUGCAAAUGUGGGAAAAAAGCAGGAGUGUACAUAUCAGAAUCAGAGAAAAAUCCAGGGAAGAUGUAUUUCAAGUGCGCAAAUAAGGAUUGUGACUACUUUGCGUGGGGAGUGGCUUCUACUGGGAGUGGAUCAAAUAUCCAAAAGAGCGGAUACGAUUAUGAUUUUGCGAGAAACAAUGAACUUGUGAAUAUCCUGGAACGACUUGACGCAAACCAACGAGAACGACUUGAAGCUAUCAAAUUCAUGAUGCUCACAACCAUAGUAAUGGUUGGUUUUACCAUGCUAGCGGUGCUGCUCAAGUGAACUUGUAUUUCUACUUAAUGUAAACCAGUACUUGUAGAACUUGUAUGUAGUUUUGAAACUUUUAU